AUGGAGAAAAAGAAGGACUCCUACAGCAGGAGAGCUGAAAUCCACAGCAUCUACCAAACCUACACUUCAGGUCUGGAGACUCUGCCCGCCCGUGCCCUGCUGAGGUUCCUCCACAAGGACCAGAUGGAGCUCACAGCGAAUGAGAAGACGGUGGAGAGUCUGAUCGACAGAUAUGAGAUCGCAGACACAGCCAAAAAAAGCCGCUCCAUGACGUUUGAGGGCUUCCUCAGGUACAUGGAGUCCAAAGACUGCAGUGUGUUUGAUCCCAGCCACUCGUCCGUGUACCAAGACAUGGACCAGCCUCUCAGCAGCUACUUCAUCUCCUCUUCACACAACACCUAUCUGACCGGAGAUCAGCUGGUCGGAAAGAGUCACCUGGAUGCCUACGUGUGUGCUCUGAGGAAAGGCUGCCGCUGUCUGGAGAUUGACUGCUGGGACGGAGCUGAUCUGGAGCCUGUAGUGUACCACGGCUACACCCUCACCACCAAGAUUCUCUUUAAGGACGUGAUCACCACUGUUGAGAAGCACGCCUUUGAGGUGUCUGCCUACCCAGUCAUCCUCUCCCUGGAAAACCACUGCUGCGAGGAGCAGCAGGAGGUCAUGGCCCGGUACCUCAUCUCUAUUCUGGGGGACAAGCUGCUGACAGCUCCCUUAGAUCACGUGACUGCUGAAGAGCUCCCCAGCCCAAACAAGCUGAAGUAUAAGAUCCUCAUCAAGAAUAAAAAGCUGAAACCCCAGAAAAAGAGAGAGGAGGCAUCAGGAGCAGCUAAGAGUAAAGAGGAGGAUGAGGAUGAGGAGGAUGAGGAUGAGGAGGACGAGGAUGAGGAGGAGGAGGAGGACGAGGAGGAGGAAGAUGAGGACGAGGAAGAGAGGGAGAAGGAAGCUCGAGACGCCAAACGAAAGUUUUGGUCUUCGACAAAAAUGUUGCCAAAGAAAAAAAAGAAGAAGGUGAAGGUGGCCCAACUUCUGUCCGACCUUGUGGUUUACACAAGAUCGGUCAAGUUCAUCAGCUUCAGCCACUCCAGGGAACAUCAGAGCUGCUUUGAGAACACGUCUAUGGCAGAGAAGACCGCUCGCAAACUAGUCAAGGCCGCAGGUGCAGAUUUUGUCAGACACAACCAGAGGUUCAUCAGCAGGAUUUACCCACGCGGCUCCAGAACGUCUUCCUCCAACUACAACCCUCAGGAGUUCUGGAACGUGGGCGCACAGUUAGUGGCACUAAAUUUCCAGUCGACCGGCAAGCCUAUGGACCUCAAUGACGGCCGUUUCCAGGACAACGGGGGUUGCGGAUACGUCCUGAAGCCGGCGAUCCUCAUGUCCAGUCAGACGGUCUUUGAUCCCGGCAGCAGUGCGCACCACUCCAGACCCGUACACCUGCAGCUCAAGGUGAUCGGUGGGUCCAGCCUUCCUGGCCCAAAAAGCAAAGUGAUGGACGUCUUCGUCAGAGUGGAGAUUCACGGGAUUCCGGCCGACUCCACCAAGAAAUCCACUAAAUCUGUCAAAAACAACUUUCUGAAUCCUCACUGGGAUGCCGACAUGGACUUCAGCAUCAGGACGCCCGAGCUGUGCAUGCUCCGCUUCUGCGUGCGAAACCAGACGGCCCUCCUCACCAGCGACUUUGUGGCCCAGUACACUUUGCCCUUCUCAAGCCUGAAGAAAGGCUACCGCUGGGUACCGCUGCGGGAUCGAGACGGAUGCAGCUUGGAUCCAGCCUCCCUCUACGUCAGUGUCUACUUUUCCUAA